GGACUCAGCUAGAAGACGGUUGUGUUUUCGUUUCUCAGCUGAAUCUCUGCGUAGUUUCAGCAACAAUGUCUUCAGUUCAGCAUCUGAGAGAGUUUAUCAGAGAGCGACUAACUGCUGCUGCUGAAGAAAUCUUCUCAGAGGUUGAGAAAACCAUCGUCCGCUACGAGGAAGACGCCAGACUGCUGGAAAGCUGCUGGAGACCCCAGAUAAAACUCCCCAGAAUCGACCUCCACAAGCCACAUGUCUCCAUGGAGGAGGAAGCUUCUUCCAUCCAGCAGCUCUGCAACCAGAGGAGAAGGUCCAGUCAUGACCAGGAGGAAGCAGAACCUCCACUUAUUAAAGAGGAAAAGGAGGAACCAGAACUUUUCCUGAUUAAAGUAGAAAAUGUGGAGCCUGAGUCUUCAUUAGUUGAAGAGGAAAAACAUCAACCAGAACCACUAAUUGAACACCAAGAGGACCCAGAACUUCCAGUGACUGAAGAAGAAAAGGAGGAACCUGAUUUUUCAAGGCUUAGACAUGAACAGUUGGAUCCAGAACAUUUAGCAAUUAAACAGGAGCAGGAGGAUGUCUGCAGUAGUCAGGAGGGAGAGCAGCUUGUCCAGAAGCAGUCUGUUGCUCUAAUGGAGACCUUUACCCUUCAGGAACAUGAAGGAGAACCAAGAACUGAGCAGCUUUCCUUUCAUAUCUCUGCUGUAGUUCAGACCAAAGACCAGGAAGGAAGCAGCUCCACUGGGUCAGAGAGACAUAUUAAAACUAAGAAAACUUGUUUAAAAUGUGAUGUUUGUGGAAAGUCCUGGAAGGCGAAGUCUGACUUAAAAAAGCAUUACAGAAUCCACACUGGAGAGAAACCUUUUACUUGCCAGACAUGUGGAAAAAGCUUCACUCGGCGGCAUCAUUUAAACCUUCAUAGCAAAACUCAUACAGGUGAAAGGCCUUUUCCCUGUCAGACAUGUGGAAAAGGCUUCACUUGUAAGGGUAAUUUAAAAGUACAUAUGAGAACCCACACAGGUGAGAAACCCUUUCCUUGUCAGACAUGUGGAAAAGGUUUCUCUCAGCUAGCCAGUUUAAUUGGUCACAUUAAAGCCUGCACAGAUGAGAAGCCCUUUCCUUGUCAGACAUGUGGAAAAAGUUUCAGUCAGCUAGCCAGUUUAAAUGAUCACAUCAAAGCCCAUACAGGUGAGAAGCCUUUUUGUUGUCAGAUAUGUGGAAAAAGUUUCAGUCAGCUAGCCGGUUUAAAUGGUCACAUUAGAGCCCACACAGGUGAGAAGCCUUUUUCUUGUCAAACAUGCGGAAAAGGUUUUGCUCAACUAACAAGCUUACAGUAUCACAUAAAAACACACACGGGGGAGAAACCUUUUUCUUGUCAAACAUGUGGAAAAAGUUUCAUUCACCUAGGUGAAUUAAAUCGUCACAUUAGAACCCACACAGGUGAGAAGCCUUUUUCUUGUCAGACAUGCGGAAAAAGUUUUGCUCGACUAGAAAGUUUACAAUAUCACAUUAAAAAACACACAGGGGAGAAGCCUUUUUCUUGUCAGACAUGCGGAAAAAAAUUUGCUCAUCUAGCAAGUUUACAUUAUCACAUGAGAAACCACACAGCGGAGAAACCUUUUUCUGACAGACAUUUGGAAAAAGUUUAAUUUGAGGUGCCAGUUUGAAUAUUCACA